UUGCCUCCGUGACCGUGACGAGAAUGGACAGGGGGCGAACCUCGUUCCCCUUCUUCGCGAGCGGGACCUUGAGUACUACCGGGACUUCCUGAGGAUGCCUCCCAGCGCCUUCGAUACAAUCCUCGGCUUGAUCGGCGACAGAAUCAGGAAAGAGGACACGAACUUCCGCAAGGCCAUUCCUCCGGACGUGCGCCUCGCCCUCACGAUCAGGUUUCUUGCCGCUGGGAAGACGUUGAGAAGCGUAUCCUACAACUUCUUGACGUCAAGGUCAACAUGCUGCGAGAUAAUACCCGAAGUAUGCAGCGCCCUCUGGGAGGUGCUUGGGCCUGUCUAUGUGGCAUGCCCAAAACAGCCCGAACAGUGGAAAAAAAUCGCCACUGAAUUCGAAGAAAGGUGGAACGUUCCAAACUGUGUGGGAGCCAUAGACGGCAAGCACAUCACUAUCGAGUGCCCUUCACUCUCUGGCAGCCUGCAUCGGAACUACAAGGGAUCUUUCAGCAAGUCCUUGUUGGCAAUUAGUGAUGCUAAGUACCGGUUCCUCUACGUUGAAGUUGGCCAUCACGGAAGUGAAAGCGAUGGGGGCAUCUUUGCCCGCAGCAAGAUCCAGCAGCUCAUCGUCUCUGGGGAGCAGGGACUGCCUUUUCCAACAGCUGUUGGAGAGGAAGGGGAACUACCCUACUACCUGGUGGGGGACGAGGCCUUUCCGCUAAAACCUUACCUGAUGAGGCCAUACCCAAGAAAAAGUAUGUAA